GGCUAAUAACUCGUCUCGUUAGCUCGGUUGUAAACGAAAGUAAAACUUUUUUCAGUUUCACUUGGAUAAAAAUCCUUAAAUUGUGCCAAAAAUGCUCAGAAAACUGCUACAAAAUUAUUUUUAAGGUUUGCGUCAAAUUCACAGAAUAGUCGAAAAGUUAAAGUGUAGAAUUUAUCUCGGACACAAGUGUGAACUGUCUUAAACCGUUUUGUUAGCUCGUUUUGCAUUUAUUUACAGCGUUUCUACGGUGUUUUAUAUUUACUUACUCCGAACAGGUCUGACCUUAGACUACAUACAAGUAAAGAAUAAAGACCGUGUUUAUAUUCCUACUCACACAAAGGAGCUACACCUUAUCUCAGGAUGAAACAGUUCAUGUACUUGGACCACCAGCUCCAGUUUAAUUUCAUGAAAACGUUCCCAAACUCCCUCAGAUGCUGAGGUGACCUGGAGGCGGGUCUUCUGUGGCUUCCAGGAGGCGGAACUGCGGCUCCUCGCCUCAGUUUAAAGCUCCCGGGUCCGGCCAGAACUCUGCAGAACUCAGCAGCUUCAUUUCCAUCAACACCAGUGAAUCUGUGCAGCCGGGAUGUCAAACUCAGAGCGGGUCGUGUUGGCUCUGGGCGGAGCGGGAACGGUGGGCUCUGGAGUGGUCACGGCGCUCCUGGAGAAAGGCUUUAAGGUGGCAGUCAUCUCCAGGGACAGCAGCCGUCUGGAGAAGCUCCGCUCCUUCGUUUCUUCCAACAAGAACAACCUCACCACCAUCGUGGGGAACGUCGGGACGGAGGAGGGCGCCGAGCAGGCCAAGCAGGCGCUGCUGAAGGAGGUGGGGAAGGUCACGGACGUGGUUUCCUCGCUGGGCUUCAGCUGGUGGCAGGGCGGCCCCCCCCACACCCAGACCCUCAAAGACCUGCAGUGGGUCAUGGAGACGCUGCUGCUGAGCACCUUCGUGUCCUGGAAGGCCUUCUUCCCGCUGGUGAAGGACAACUCGGACUCGACCUACACCUUCAUCACCGGGGGCGCUGGAGAGAAGCUGCUGAUGCCCGGCACAGGCUUCCUGACGGUGGGGGCCGCCAGCACGCUGGCGUUCUGUCAGGUCCUGAGGGAGGAGUAUCCGGAGGUUCCCUGUAAACUCAACCAGCUGAAGAUCAACACCGGCGUCGGGACUCCGGAGCGCAUGGCUCCUGGUUACCUGAACCACCUGGACCUGGGAGAAGCCGUCACCACCCUGGUGGAGAGACGAGACUCCUCCCACUCCGUGUUCACCAUCAGCUGCCCUGCUGACCUAAAGACAGUCAUCCUGGAGGGGAACCUUUAGUCUGCGGCGGCUGUCCUCGCUCCAGCGCUUCUGCUCCAUCAAUACGUCUGUUUUCAUCUCCAGCUCACCAGAGUUUUCUGUCCCUCCAGAUCUUUGUGUUUUUAUCUGCAUGACAACGUAUCAGCAAAAGUCUUUGUGAUGUUUCAGUCUGCUCCGAACAAUAAAGCCUGAAAUCAAAGAAA